GCGAAGACGUACGCGUUCCCGCUCGACGGGUUCCAGGCCAAGGCCGUCGAGUGCAUCGACCGCGACGAGAGCGUGCUCGUGUCGGCCCACACGUCCGCGGGCAAGACGGUCUGCGCCGAGUACGCGAUCGCGAAGUCGCUCCGCGACGGCCAGCGCGUCAUCUACACGUCGCCGAUCAAGGCGCUGAGCAACCAGAAGUUCCGCGACCUCCAGGAGGAGUUCCAGGACGUCGGCCUCAUGACGGGCGACAUCACGAUCAACCCGAGCGCCAAGUGCCUCGUGAUGACGACGGAGAUUUUGCGGUCGAUGCUCUACCGCGGGUCCGAGGUCAUGCGCGAGGUCAAGUGGGUCGUCUACGACGAGAUCCACUACAUGCGCGACAAGGAGCGCGGCGUCGUCUGGGAGGAGAGCAUCAUCCUGCUGCCCCACUCCGUGCGCUUCGUCUUCCUGUCGGCGACGAUCCCGAACAGCGUGCAGUUCGCGUCGUGGAUCGCCGUCACGCACCGCCAGCCGUGCCACGUCGUCUACACGGACUACCGGCCGACGCCCCUGGUCCACUACGUCUUCGCCGCGGGCGGCGAGGGCCUGCACCUCGUCGUCGACGAGAAGGGCGCCUUCAAGGAGGCGAACUUCGAAAAGGCGAUGGCGCAGCUCACCGCGGGCGACGACCCGUCCGCGCCCAAGUCCGCGCAGUCCGGCCCGGCGAAGAAGAAGCGCGGCGGCAACAGCAAGCAGCAGGACGACGACCUGAAGCGCAUCAUCGGCCUCAUCGUCGAGAAGGACAUGGCGCCGGCGAUCAUCUUCGCGUUCUCCAAGAACCAGUGCGAGGCGAACGCCGUCGCGAUGAAGAAGAUGGACUUCAACACGGACGAGGAGCGCGACGUCGUCGACGCCGUCUACGGGUCGGCCAUGGAGAGCCUGAGCGAGGAGGACCGGGGCCUGCCGCAGGUGAAGACGCUGCUCCCGCUGCUCAAGCGCGGCGUCGGCAUCCACCACGGCGGCCUGCUGCCCAUCGUCAAGGAGGUCGUCGAGAUCCUAUUCCAGGAGGGCCUGCUGAAGAUCUUGUUCGCCACGGAGACCUUCGCCAUCGGCAUCAACAUGCCCGCGAAGACCGUCGUCUUCACGGAGACGCGGAAGUUCGACGGCAAGGACUUCCGGUGGCUCAGCGCGGGCGAGUACAUCCAGAUGAGCGGCCGCGCGGGGCGGCGCGGCAAGGACGACAAGGGCACGGUGAUCCAGAUUUUGGACGAGAAGAUGGAGCCCCAGGUCGCCAAGGACAUCUUGUACGGCGGCGCGGACGCGCUCGACUCGAGUUACCACGUGACCUACAACAUGCUGCUGAACCUGCUGCGCGUCGAGGGCGCGGACCCGGACUACCUCGUGCGGUCGUCCUUCCACCAGUACCAGCAGGAGGCCGACGCGCCCCAGAUCCUCGAGCGGGCCGCGGCCGCGCAGGCCGGCGCCGACGCGCAGAGCUUCGACGACGCCGCGGACGUCGCGCGGACGAGGAAGCACGUCGACGUCGCCGCGGCCCUCGCGGCGACGCGGCGGCGGGCCCUCGUGCUCGCGCGCAAGCCCAAGCACUGCCUCCAGUGGCUCCAGCCGGGCCGCGUCGCCGCGGUCGCCUUCGCGUCCGAGGCCGACGGCGUCGCCUGCGGCGCGCUCGCGGCGACGCAGGAGUGCCUCGAGACGCGGCCGUCGCACGUCGCCGAGGUCCUCGUGCGCUGCGCGGCCGACGCGCCCCUCGAGGCGCCGGCGCCGCGCGGCGACGGGCCCGACGAGGGGCGCGUGGUCGUCGUGCCGCUCGUGGCCCUCGCGAGCCUCAGCGCGAUCCGCGUCUACAUGCCCCAGGACCUCCGGAAGCCGCAGGAGCGCGCGAAGCUGCGGACGUCGGUCGUCGAGGUCGAGAAGCGCUUCGGGGGCGACGGCGGGGAGCCCCUGCCGACGCUGCGCGACGACGACGACCUCAAGCUCGCCGCGCGGGAGCCCGAGUACGCCGCCGUCGCGGCGCAGGAGCGCGCGCUCGUCGCGGAGCUCGCGGCGCACCCGCCGGGCGCCACGGUGCCCGUCGACGCCUUCGCGGCGCGCCAGGCCCUCGUCGACGAGGCGCGGGCCCUGCGCAAGGCCGCCGCGGAGGCGCAGGAGCUCGUGCUCCGCGACGACCUCCGGCGCAUGCGCAAGGUCCUGAAGCGGCUGGGCCACGUGUCGCUCGACGCCGUCAUCGCCCUCAAGGGCCGCGCGGCCUGCGAGCUCAACACGGCCGACGAGCUCGUCAUCGCCGAGCUCCUGCUCGACGGCGUCUUCGGCGACCUCGAGCCGCCGGUCAUCGCCGCGCUCCUGUCCUGCAUGGUCUUCGGCGAGAAGCGCAAGGGCGACGCGGGGCCGCCCAACGUCCGCAAGCAGCUUUUAGCGCCCUUCGCCAAGCUCCAGGCCGCGGCGAAGCUCGUGGGCAAGGCCAUGCACGACGCGAAGAUCGCCGUCGACGUCGACGAGUACGUCGACAAGUUCAACCCGGACAUGAUGGAGCUCCUCUUCGAGUGGGCCAACGGCGCCAAGUUCGUCGACGUCAUGAAGGUCACGGACGCCUUCGAGGGCACGGUGAUCCGCGUCAUCCGCCGCCUCGACGAGCUCCUCCGCCAGCUCGCGUCCGCGGCGUUCGCGAUCGGCGCCUUCGAGCUCAAGGGCAAGUUCGAGGACGCGUCCGCGGCCAUCAAGCGCGACAUCGUCUUCGCCGCGAGCCUGUACCUC